CACAACGCCGACAUCAGGAGAUCAAUUGAUGGGAUUUCGAUUUCCACGCUUCGAUUCUUCUUCGUUUCUCUGUAGAUCCAUCGAAUUGGAUCUCUAGGGUUUCGAUUUGAUCCCUUUCCUCCUUUGAGAGCAUCAAUUAUGCAUUCGGUGCUCCGGGAAUUCGCUUGUUGCUGCGCUGCGACCAUGGUUCUCUCUCGGAUCUCCUUCAACGACGGUUCUAGUUUUCAUCGUCUCAAAAAUUUCAAGAAAUCAUACCCUUGUAGUUGUAGUAGUAGUAGUAGUAAUCUUAGCUAACACUAGCUUUCUUUGGGUCUUGAUCACCGUCUUCUUCUCUUGCUCUCUUUCUAUCUCUUUUUCUCUCUUCCCAUCCUUUCUUGAUUCAUUUGGGCGUUUUGUGCGAUCUUGGAGUUGGAUUUUGGGGGGAUUAGCGGACAUCGCAGCUUGAGGUGGGUGCUGAAGUAUCUGGAUGGGUGAUUUGACACCUUAUGCUGAUUUGGCUUCUCACCAUAUGUGCAAGUCUUUAUACAGUGGUACCUAUGAGAAAUCCUGCAUAGAGCAGGAGUACUAUACUUCUAGCCACUUGGACACUGUUGCGGCAACAUCUGCAGAAGAUUUGGUGGUUCAUGAACUUGGAGCUGGCCUCUGUAGAAUCCUUCAAGUCCAUGAUACUUGUAUGCAUUCAUGUCUCUGCAGCACAGCUUCGAAUCAUUUGACUUCUUGCUGUCAAAAGGAUAUAAAGUCUCUUUCUUUCGAAGCAGACAUGCAGAAAUGUACAAGUAAUUCUCCAGUAAUUCCAAGUUCAGGGUGGCUGCAAUCUCACCAUUUAGCUAUUGAUGGAGUGGAGGAAUCAAUUAAUAUUGUUGAUGUUAAAAACUUAUCACAGACUGGAAUUCUUUCAUCUUCAAAUUCAGUGGCGAUUCCUGUGAAGCUUAUAUCUUGUUUAAAAGGAGCCCGUGCCCUGCAUGGAAAGUCGCCAAACACAUCAUUUAGAGUCAAAUGGGCUCCAGAAGUCUAUGACCCGCCUGUGACCUCUGCAUCACGCACUGUGAAAAGUCACAACCAAAGAUCAAAAGCAAAGAGAAAGGAAUGUCACAAACAUAAGUCCGACAAGGGUAAAUCUGCUCGCAGGAUUAGCAGUGAACUAAAACAUGCAAACCGGAGAAGCAAAUACAAUGCAAUUGAUCCACGUAUCAUAAGGUUGCGUUCACUCAAUGAUAAAUCAGUGCCAUUGAAUUUUCGCCCGCAAAACAUCAAUGGUCUCGACUUCACUGCAACAGGACAAGACUCCAAGUGUGGAAACAGUUUCUACAUGGAAUUUCUUGCUAGCAUGCACACCCCCGUUGCUGAGGCCUCAUGACUGCAACUUUUAAUUGCCAAGCUUUUCGUAUUCUUGUUGCUGAAUGCUGAGACAUGAACUAUGUUUUAGGGAUUUGGAAGAACAUAAAUAAUUCUUUGAUCUCUUGCUUGUAAUAAAGUUGUAAAAGUCAGUGUUAUGCUGUUUGUCUUAAUACAUUUUAAUAGUUUUUUUAGCUUU